AUGGGCAGAAUAACCCUGGCGAUACCGACGGGUGGACCCUUGAUGGCAAAUUCAAACUCCGGUUGCUGUGGUGGAGGAGCCGAUGGCGACCUAACGCCGUUGGGACAGCGGAGGAGCAGGCUACCUUUGCAACGCAAAGUAAAGCAGCUUGAGAGGCCAUGGAAGCAUACCGAUGCUGGAGCACAGGUCAUCACCCCACACCAUCCCACGUGGGCGUCAUCUCAGCCAGUAAGCAAAGACGGACGGUAUCCCGACGCGAGGCCGCGAACCAGCACUCCGGUGGCGCGAAAGAGUAGGGCAAGUGUUUGUGGGGUGAUGAUGCGUACUAGUGUUUCGGCCAAAAGUGUGAGGCCGACUGGUUGCGGAACGACGGCACGACCACGGCCGUCAACCGGAUUGUCUCCGUCGUCGUCACGCCUACUGAGCCCCGCUUGGAGCACGUCGGAACCGGUGCUGUUGAGCACCACCCGUACUACAGAUACUGCCGAACCUGCCGUCGAACCGGGCAUUGCCUUUAUCCGUGGGUGUGGCUACAGCCUGGACCCCGGCAGACGUGGCGACAACGAGGGAGCUGUAGGAAACAAGCGCCCCGUGCAGAUUUCCACCGAUGCCACGCUGACCUCUGCUAUCAGCUCCCCCUCCUUGUUAGCUGCGAUGUCCGUUACGACAACGGGUCCCGCAGCGAGUACAGAGGGUGAUGGUGGAGAUCCCGAUGACAAGAUCGUCGGUGCGCGACAAGUCGUCAGCACGCCCUCAGGCAGCAGCAACAAGAAUGGCAACGAUGACGAGGAGGAUAGCAACAGCAAGAACAAUCCGUCUGUGGAGUCAGCCCGUCACGUGAGCUCUGCUGAUGCAGUGGCUCAUGGUGCAGCCAGAAGAGCGGCGAAGCGGCCGAACUCCGCUGCCAUUGCUCGGGCUUCCUCCUUAAACCCGCUCGCUCAAAGGGCAAAAACUGACGUUCGGCGACCCCGAACAGCGGGAUGCAGCCGGGGACACGCGGUUGACCCCUACCUCCUGUCAGAUGACAGCGCGGUGAUUGGACGGAGCAUCACAUCGGUUUCGUUCCGGCCAGACCUAGAGAAGGAAGGGUGCGCGGCGGUGGCCAACUGGGAAAACGAGGGCUCGUCGAUCGAAUGCAGACCGUCCGUGUCCGUCACCCUACCCAUGUUGGAGGACUGUAACGACACACGAGAUAGGAGGUUUAGCCCCGGUUCCGCUACAGAAACGUCGACCCGCGGAGAGCUCGGAGUAGACAGCAGGCCAUCAUGUUCGACGGUUAACUGUGGCCCGGAGGAAUUCAAUACCGCCCCGCGGGAGCGCCCGGGAGAGCCAAGAAGACUCGGCGUAGCCAUUGCACAGAGCAAAGCAGGACUUGACAACAGAAAAAACGAGGCCCUUCGACAUAGUGGGGAAAACUGCAGCAGUCGCGACCCAUUGUUGGGAACGCACUCGCCCCACAUCAGCGCCCUGGGGUACUUUAUCGAGGAACCCAGGCCGCAAGCAGCGCCCUCGGCCUCCCCCGGCCUGCACGGAAGGGCGCUCUUCGGCAGCAACCACCGCCGCCCUCGAUCAUCGCCCUCCAGGCCGCCGCUUCCGCCGCCGCCGGCCAUAACGCCCGGCGAGCAGCCGUACGGCGACGCCCAUCCGCUGUCCCCGACGAGCAUGGGAAGCCCUCCCCGGAGACACCGCAACUCGAACUGGGGGGAGGAAGGGGCACGCCUAGCGGCGGAGGAGGCGGAGAACGCGCGCCAGACCAUCCCUUUUGUCGUCUCGGGCACCUUGCUAGGGUGGAAGCUCUCUACGCGGGAGCGGAAGAAAUCCCUGGAGGACUCGCUCAAGGCAUCCGACUACUCCGAGCACCAUCUGAUCCCCGUCUACGGCUUCCGCAGCAACGACGACAAAGAGCAAGAGGACGACCCCGGCGGGACGGAAGGAGGCGGUCGCCGUGACCGGACGAUGGGCGUCGAAGAGCGACGAAAAGAGCUGCGCCGGGUGGAGGCGAGGGCCCUGGCCGCCGAGCGAGCGUCUAUGGAACGCCGGUCGAGGGCGGAGGGCGGGGCGGGGGGCGCGGCGUUCGCCAGGGCCAUGUCGAGGCGAGCGUUGGCUCGGGCUGAGUGGAUACAGAAGAUGGGCGACGUUCUCGACGUAAGAAAAGACAACGUGUGCCGCGGAUCCUCGCCGGAAGUCCUUUGCGCCUACCGCAAGCGCGUGAGAAACCGGCUGAACGGCGAGCGCCUUCGACAGCGCAAGGCGAGGGGGCUCCCUUCAAGAAAGCCACCGCGCAUCAGCGCCGUCACCUCCCGCGCAGACUUUCCCUCGGCCGCUGCCAAGAACAAAGCGCAACCAGCCGGCGGAGGAACGGCUACCGACGACAACGACAACGAUCAUGAUGCCAGCAACGAGCGGGGUGGUGGUGGUUGUCGUGGCGGCGGUGGUGGUGUCAGCCUGAUACAAGAUGAGCUCGGGCGAGAGCCGUACCUCAUGCUCGUGAGGGCUAGGAGCAGAUACUCUCUAGAACAAGAGCUAUCUUCGCGUGGUGGGGGGAGCAACAAGAAAUUCGUUGCCUCCACAAGUAUUUGCGCCCGGUUUUGCUCGGAUUGUGUCGGUGGUUGCAAGGGGACGUGCUCACCCGAUGGCGCGAGGAGUAGUCGUUCUCGUAGCUGUAGCACCGGAAUUGUCGCUGAAGGGCUGGCGGGGUGA